AUGAAUGUAAAAGAUGUCGAUAAUGGAAUUCUCAUGAUCAAGAAUAGGUUACAUCACAAAAAGAUUCUUCUUGUUCUUGAUGAUGUAAAUGAAUUAGGCCAAUUGAACAAAUUGGUUGCUGAGCACAAUUGGUUUGGUCCAGGUAGUAGAGUUAUCAUCAAAACAGAAGAUGUGCAUUUGCUAAUGACACGUAAAGUUGAUGGAAUAUAUGAGAUUGAAGGAUUGAGUUAUGAUGAAGUUUUGGGUUCCUUUCUGUACAAUAGAAGCACAUAUGAAUGGAAAAGUGAAUUAGAUAGGCUUAAAGAAUUUCCUGAAGGAGAAAUUCUCAAUGUACUUCAAAUAAGUUUUGAUGGACUAAAAGAAACAGAGAAGGAAUUUUUCUUGAAUUAUAUAAAUCAAGAAACUAUUAUAGCAAUAUUAGAUCAUCUUGAGCUUUACCCUAAAAUUGGAUUAAGGGUUCUUAUUUAUAAAUCUCUCAUCAAAUUGCAAAAUGAUAAAUUGUGGAUGCAUGAUUUAUUUCAAGAAAUGGGUCGAGAUAUAGUUCGUAAAGACUGCCCCAAAGACCCUGGAAAGCGUAGUAGAUUAUGGUUGUAUAAAGAUAUUGAUAGUGUGCUAACAAAAAAUACGGGAACAGAAACAAUUCAAGGCAUAGUCUUAAAGUUACCCAAACCAAAAGAGGCACAUUGGGACCCUAAAUCCUUUUCAAAGAUGCAUCGUCUGAAGUUCCUCAUAAUUGGAAAUUUUCAGCUUAGCCAUGAUCCCAAACAUCUUCCUAAUGACUUGGUAUUUCUUGAUUGGAGUGGGUAUCCUUCAAAAUCUUUGCCAGCAAGUUUCCAACCAAAUGAGUUUAUUGAACUUCACAUGUAUUGUAGCAACAUUGAACAACUUUGGAAAGGAACAAAGGUAAUAGAUAACAUUCUACAACUUUUCUUUUAA